GUAGACUUUUUUUUCUUUUUGACACUUAUCAACUGAGAAAGAAAGAUAGAAAGACACUGAAGUCGACCGUGGUGGACGCGUCUUGCUGGCUAUACCAUGUCGGAUUGCGUGGACAGGUCCACGAAGAUCAAUUUGUUAAAGGAGGCGGUCGUGAAGAAACUCUGUGAGGUGUUGGACAAGUCCAGUGACAGAGGAUGGCGAAAACUCGGAGAGAUAGUCGGUAACGAGAGACGGUUUAAAGUCAGUUCUCAGGACAUGGAGAUGUGCUCUCUGAAGGUGUUGCAGCUGGAGGGCAGCCCGAGCCGGAUGCUCCUGAAGCUGAUGGGAGAGCGAGGCUGCACCACGGGUCACCUGAUGGACUACCUCCAAACUCUGGGAAACUCCGAGGCUGUGCAAUGCCUGAAACCAUCAUCCUUGCAGAUUCUCAUCCAACCUCAAUCUCUGGCGCUCCUCUCUGGACACAAUCUGCGGCUCAGCUGCCACGCUGUGGGCAAAUCUCCGGUUCAUUACCAGUGGUUCAAAGGUAAAGAGGAGGUACCAAACAGCAUGUCUCCAGACCUGGUGAUAAGUCCAGUCCAUGUCAAGGACAUCGGCCAUUAUAUCUGCAGGGUCAACUGUGGAGAGAUGUUUGAAUUCAGUCAGUGGGCUCAGGUGGAUGUUCUAAAUGUAAACACAAAUCAUGGACAGAGUUAUCAUUCCUUAGAGGGUCGGCUGAAGUUGGUGACCCAGCCUCAGUCCCAGAAGCUAUAUAUGGGGGACGCCCUCCAUUUGGAGUGUGGAGCCGUGGGGCGGCCAAUCCCUCGAUAUCAGUGGCACAGAAAUGGAGUCCCAGUCCCCAACGCCACAAAGAGGAAACUCGUGAUUCCUCACGUGAUGCAGGAUGACCACGGCAGGUAUCGUUGUGAGAUCAGCGGCAGCACCGAGAGAAUGUGGACCAAUGAGGUUGAAGUUGUUGUAGCACCAAGGAUAUCUGUCCAGGUUUCAGGGGCAAUGGAGUGCUCUGAAGAUGAUGUUUAUGCCAUUGGAGGAGGUUCCAGUGAUUUUUUCCUGAAUAGCAUUCCAGAGCAACUUUAUGCAACUGACAAAGUGGCCCUGCUGAUCGGCAAUCUGUCCUACAAGAACCACCCACAGCUCAAAGCUGCGAUGGUGGACGUGUACGACCUUACCAACCUCCUGCGGCAGCUGAACUUUAAGGUGGUCUCUUUGCUGGACCUCACUGAGUCAGAAAUGAGGAACGCUGUCGAUGAGUUCCUGUUGCUCCUUCACAAGGGCGUCUAUGGUCUGCUGUACUAUGCUGGUCAUGGAUAUGAGAACUACGGCAACAGUUUCAUGGUGCCGGUAGAUGCACCAAACCCAUAUCGCUCAGCAAACUGUUUGUGUGUGCAGAGCAUCCUCAAACUGAUGCAAGAGAAAGAGACAGGCCUCAAUGUUUUUCUGCUGGACAUGUGCAGGAAGAGGAACAUUCAUGAUGACAGCGCUACAAAUAUUGUCCUGAGGGUCACGGCCAACAUAGUCUUUGGAUAUGCAACGUGCCAAGAUGCAGAAGCAUUUGAGCUGAGCUCCAGUGGUUUCACCAACGGCGUAUUCGUCAAGUUUCUGAAGAAGCGACUGCUCGAUGAUGAGAAGAUCACAGUGGUGCUGGACAGAGUUGCUGAAGACAUGGGACAAUUUGAUGCUACGAGGGGGAAGCAGGCUCUGGAGAUUCGCAGCAGCCUGUCCGAGAGGAGAGCUCUGACCGAUCCCAUCCUGCCCAGUGACAGCGUUGACCUCACUCUUGGUCCCAGUCGCCAGUGGGCUAAGGCUCAUGAGCUUCCUGAGAGCAUGAGUCUCAUCUUUGACUGCGGGGCUCAGAUCAAGUUGGGCUUCGCUGCAGAGUUCUCCAACGUGCUCGUCAUUUACACACACAUCGUAAAGAAACCUGAAGACAUGUCCUUCUGCCAGGCUCAUGUCACAGACUUCUCACAGGAGCUUGAUGUGGAUCCCAAAGAGAUGAACAGAGAGACCCCAGAAGAGACGGGGAUCUACUUCCUGUCCAGCACCCUGCCACAGCACUGUCUCUACACCAGACUCAGCUCACUGCAGAAGCUCAGGGAGGAGCUUGUGUUCACCGUGUGCCUUCAGGGCACGUUCUCAGCCAUGGACGAUGAUCCUGUUCAUUGGACCAAGAGCAUCAACAUUGGGAAGCCACUGAUCGCCCGACUGGACCUGCACCGUGCCAUGCGGAGGAAUAGCUGCCUAAGGACCUGUAUGAUGCCCCACAGCCCGUCCCACAGCCCCUGUCAAAGUCCCAGGUCUGAACACUUCCUCCACCUACAUCACGGGCCUCACCAGGCCCAGGACCCCAGCCGCCUCUCCCCACAGCAAAACUACCUGGACACCUACGAGCGUCUCCAGGGCGCAGUGGGAGGCUGUGAAGACUCCUUCUAUGAAAACCUCAACCAGUGUCACAAUGAGCAGAUGCACAACUCAGGUGGGGAGCUGUCGAGCUCACCGGGCAGGCACAGCAUCCCUAUAGAGGCCAGUGACGACAUCAACGAGCUGCAGACUGCUUUCAUCAACAGUCUGCAGCUUUAGCACCAGUGAAACAGCUGCUGCCGUCGCUGGGUUUCCGUGUGUAAAUGUCUGAUAAAGCUGAUUCACUGCUGCUCUUCUUGUAACUGUAACAGUAGUAACUUUAAAAAUAUAGAUUUUUAGAAC